AUGGAAGCAGCCCGAGCCCUCGCCGUAGAAUUCCACAAGCACAACGUGCAACUAGUCUACGGCGGCGGUACAACUGGCCUAAUGGGCGAAGUUGCUCGCGCGCUCGUCUCGCUCUCGGGCCCGAAAGCCGUGCACGGCAUCAUCCCCCGCGCCCUGGUCAAAGUCUCAACAGUCAACGGCAUGCGCGAGCACACAGAAGGCCAGGUCGGUUCCAAAGUAGCGGGCAAAACCGCCGAGCGGGUCGUCGACUCUGUUGAUGCUGUUAAGGCGGAUGGAAUUCCCGAGUCGGAGUACGGCCUCACGACGAUUGUUGCCGAUAUGCACACGCGCAAGCGUCUGAUGGCGACGAAGGUCCUUGAAGGUGGGCCUGGGUCUGGGUUUGUUUCGCUGGCUGGUGGGUUUGGUACUAUUGAGGAGGUUAUGGAGAUGACGACUUGGAAUCAGUUGGGGAUUCAUCAGGUUGGGGUUGUGUUGUUGAAUAUUAAUGGGUACUGGGACGGGUUGUUGGCUUGGGUGCGUAAUGCUGUGAAGGAGGGGUAUAUCAGUGCUAGUAAUGGGGAGAUCCUUGCGGAGGCCAAGGAGGUUUCUGAGGUCUGGCCGAAGUUGCGGGCUUAUCAGGUUAGUAAUGGGCGGAUGCGGUUGAACUGGGGAGAGGAGUGA